CAGGAGGAGUGUGCGUUGGUAUGUUGGAAGUCUAGAGGAAACUGUUGUUAGAACUUGCAAAGAGCUAGGUGUGUCCGCGGGAACUACUUGUAAUACCGGAGUAUGGGUUGGAAACAACAAGAUUGCUGCAUUAGGGAUCUGGGUACCGUCCACAUCAUCUAUCCAAGAUGGCGGACGGAACGAAUGAAAUCUCGCAAAGCAACCCGCUUUCAAGAAAGCUCAACAAAAUAUUGGAGACGCGAUUGGACAACGAUAAGGAUAUUGUGGAAGCACUAAAAGCACUAUCAACAUUUUUCACUGAGAACACACUUCGUUCAAGACGCAACCUCCGUGGAGACAUAGAGAAACGAAGUCUUCUAAUAAGUGAAAAUUUUGAGCAAGCUUUUGGAGUGUUAAAAGAGCACUUGGAUAAAGUGUAUUCUGAUGUGCAUGACAUGAACAAAUGCUGUGAGGACAUGACUAAGAGACUUCAGUCUGCUCGGGGCCAAACUUCUGAUUUGAUAAGCAAGACCACAAAGCUACAAGCUGAAAGCCAGAAAAUCCAGAUGAUGGAGAAAGUUGCUGAUGCAUUCUUAUCAAGAUUCCAACUAAAGCAAGAAGAGGUGGAGGCAUUAAGAGGGGCUAGGAAUACACCAGUGACUGAGGAGUUUUUUCAAGCUCUUGCAAGAGUACGGGAGAUUCAUCAAGACUGUAAGGCUCUUCUCAGAACAAAGCAACAAACAGCAGGGCUAGAAAUCAUGGAGUCUAUGGCACUGCACAUGGAAGCUAGCUAUGAAAGGCUGUACAGAUGGACCCAAGAUGAGUGUAGAGGUUUGACGUCAGAUUUGCCAGAUAUAUCUCCAACUCUUACCAAGGCUAUGGCAUGCCUAGAAGACCGACCAGUCUUAUUCAAGUAUUGUUUAGAUGAGUAUGGGACUGCACGUCGCACUGCUGUUGUACGCUGCUUCAUUGAUGCCCUUACUAGGGGUGGUCCAGGGGGGACUCCUCGUCCAAUUGAACUACAUUCCCAUGACCCAAUCAGAUAUGUAGGUGAUAUGCUUGCAUGGCUACAUCAAGCAAUAGCCUCAGAUAAGGAGUUGCUUCACAGUCUUCUGAAGAAUACUUCAUCUGGACAGGAGAGUGAACGGGAAGUGCUGAGUCAUAUCACAGAGGGAAUAAGUCGACCCUUCAAGGUCCGUGUGGAGCAAGUGAUUGUGUCGGAGCCUGGUGCUGUUAUGCUCUUUAGUCUGGCAAAUGUGCUGAAGUUCUAUGGGACCACUAUAGGGAGUAUCCUAGGCGAGGACGCUGUCAUUAUUGUCACUGUGCAAGAGAUGAAUGAACUUGCACUGAAGAUGUUCUUUAACAGUCUUAACUGUCACGCCAGCAAGUUACUUGAAAAGAUUGAGCUCCCUCCCCCAGACCUAGGACCAACAGAGUCGCUUAAAGACACAUUAAACCUACUUCGGGCAGUGCUCACAUCCCAUGACGCAUCUGUGGUCCCGCUAGAUGCGAGGCAGGCCGACUAUAGCAGGAUAAUCUCAUGCAUUAUUGACCCUGCACUACAGAUGUGUGUCCUCUCCGCGAGCCAUCUAAACGUUCCCGACAUGGCAGCAUACAUGAUCAACUGUAUCCAUCAGAUGCACACAACCCUUGCCGUGUAUGAGUUUACAGAUACGCACCUCGAAAUGCUAUCUGCCCAGACCGACGCGCAUGUUGACUCGCUCAUUAGCGAACAGGCCUCGUUUAUUCUGAUCAGGUCCGGACUUGGCAACGUGUACUCAGCCUAUCAGGAGAACAAACAACAAAAGAUCGCUCUCUCGUCUGUGCAUGGGCUGGACGUACAGAGUAUCAAGGAUGCCAUGACACGUUUCGAUAAAUAUCUUUCUUCACCGGACAGUUUACGAAUACCACAAUGUGAGCUUCUGCGAACCACAAGAUUAAGAGAUACCGUGUACAAACGCGCUGCUGACGCGGUGUGCGCUACUUAUAACACCCUGUACACCAUGAUCACAGAUCCAAGAAACAACUAUACUGAACCGAACUCCCUAGUCCCGCGAACGCCACAACAAGUCACGUCACUGUUGACAUAGCAACGGGUUACAGACAGCGCGGAACGUAUAGACGGGGCACGUCACUGUUGACAUGGCAGCGGGGUCCAGACAGCGCGGAACGUAUGGACGGGGCACGUCACUGUUGACAUGGCAAUGGGGUAUAGACAGCGCGAACAUUGGCAUCCCCACGUCACUGUUGACAUGGCAACAGAGUACAGUCAAUGCCUGCAAUAUCUUAUAUAAUAUUUUUCAUUCGUGAAACAAAAUCGUGGCUCAACAAUACCAAUCUCUCUCUUGAGCGCUGUCUUGAGUUCUCUCUUGAGUCCAGGAGACAGGAUAAAAAAAUGUCACGCAUGCGCGCUAGAGAGAAAUUCAAUGCAAGGAAACAAAAUGGCGGCCCGAGGCGUAUAAACUCAUGGAGAUCUUUGAAGACUUCUCACACUUAUAUUAUUGGUGUGAUUUCCCUCAGCUUCGAAACCUCAAGUCUAUAGAUAACAGCAAACAGUAAGGCCAGCUUCGAUUGUACCUGUGUUAUCUUCAAUAGUGAAUAAAUCCUCUAAUAUCUAUUGCUUUCUCACGUGUUCGAAUCGUGUUAACCUUCGUUGAGUUAUCUUCACGCAAUUGCGAAAUAUAAGGUCUUGGCAGCAUAGAUAAACUCGCCACUUCUUCAAAAGGCUCUUAGAUAAAUAAGAAAAGAAAUUAAGCCAUAGUAUUUUUUAUGGUUCAUAUGAAAAUUUAUACGAGGUUCUUGAAGUUGAAGAAGUGAUACCGGGCCGAACGAAGAGGGGAACAUAGGUUCUUUUGUGCUUUGUAUGCGCGUAUGAGCCCAAGAUUACGGGAGGUGGAGUUUCAAAGGAGCAUCAAAUUACCUGUAUUUCUGCAGGCCACCGCUUUAUGUUAGAGAAAUUAUUUGCAGUUAGAAAAACCGCGACGGGGUUCGGUACUUAGUUACGGCUUUGACCAUUCCAUUUGGUAAAUUCCAAUAUCCAAAGGUUAUUGUGUGUGUUUCAACCCACUUGUGUUUCAUCUACUACUUUUUGGUGUGAUCACUUACAUCAGUAUAAACAGACUAAUGUAUGAUAAUUAUAGUAAACCCCCAUAUAACUAUGUAAGGGGACAAAUCCAGGGGUUUGGAGCCACCUAUUUAGCCAAUGGAUAGAGGGUGAUGGUAAUUUGGGAUAAAGAAUUGGAAGACCACAUCUAAACAUACAGCAUUGAUUUAAAUUUCUUUGAUAGUGUACCACCCCUAAAGUCAAAGCUCUUACAUUUAGCACCACCCUCCUAUUUUAUUGGAUCAAACUAUCCCUCAAACCAGCCCCACCUCCCCUGCUUAGAUCUGCCCCACCCUCCGUGUUAACUUAGGGCUUUCUCUUUCUCUCUGUUAGCAGGGAACCCCUGAAGACUAACAUGUAGGUAAUACCUCUCUUACAUCUUGUCCCAGCCAACAGAGAUUUAUCAAAAUGAAAAUGUGACCUUUUUUAAUCAGAGUAUCACUAAAUAUAAAGAUAAUAAUAUAAAGUGGCCCUCUAAACAUGACAUGAACGCAUGCUAUGCUAUUAUGAUUUUUACUCCUUUCAAGUUAGUAAUAAACUAUUGGCUCCAGAGGGGAAUAGGAGUCUCAUUUGAGAAGGUAUUGCUUACAUGCUUUAUGUUUUCAUGCUCUUUUAAAAUAAAAAACGUGGUUGUGAGGAGGGGCAGGUAAUAAGGCCUUUGCUGUAUUAUCACUGGUAAUGAUGGCCUACAAGGUCUAGCUAAUGAAAAAAAAAUAUUUCUGAAUUGCAAGGAUUACUGGAGUAUAACUAAAUAAAUUUGUAAUAUUGUACUUAUACUACUUGUUUUAAAAAACAACCUAGAGAAAUAAAAAUAUAUGCAAGAAA